AUGGGGGCCCCGCGCAGGGACCGGCCCCGCUGGCUGGGGACCCUCCUGGCCGCCUGCCUGGCCACCCUGCCGGCCAUCAGCGCCUGUCCCCGGCCCUGCGCCUGCCGCGGCUCCGCCGAGCUCCACUGCACCUUCCGCUACUUCACCGCCGUCCCCCCGCGCAUCCCGCCCGGCGUGCAGCGCAUCAACCUGGGCUACAACAGCCUGCGAAAGCUCAGCCCCACGGACUUUGCUGGCCUGGAGAAGCUGGAGUUACUGAUGCUGCACAGCAACGAGAUCAGUACGAUCCCUGAGAAGGUGUUCAGUGAUUUACGUUCACUACAGGUCUUAAAAAUGAGUUACAACAAGGUCAGAGAGCUUCAGCAGGACGUGUUUUACGGCCUGAACAGCUUGGUACGGCUGCAUAUGGACCACAAUCAAAUCGAAUUUGUGAAUCCCAGUGUUUUCUAUGGACUCACUUCCUUGAGGCUGGUCCACCUGGAUGGAAAUUUACUUCAGCAGCUGCAUCCAGACACUUUUGUCACCUUGCGCUAUAGUCAAAUAUUCAGAGUAUCCUUCCUGAAGCACAUCUCUCUGUCCGACAACAUGCUGACUUCACUUCCACGAGAAAUGUUUUCCUACAUGUCCGAGCUCGAGAGCAUUUACCUCCACGGAAACCCCUGGUCCUGUGACUGCAGCCUGCAGGGCUUUGCAGAGUGGGCACAGGACAGACCAGAUGUUAUAAAGUGCAGAAAAGAGAGAAGUUCCAGUGUCCAGCAAUGCCCAGUCUGUGCUAGUCCCAAAAAUCACAACGGGAAAAGUUUAGUGGAUCUUCCUUCUGCAUCUUUCACCUGCUCAAAGCCAGUCAUCCACGACUCCCUGAAAUCCAGAGACCUCAUGGUGCCAGAAGAUGGGGAUUUCAGUUUCGUGUCUCCCAAGGACUUGAUAGCCCCGAUAGGGUCUGUGGUUCUGAAUAUGACCGACCAAGCCGGGAAUCGAGGCGACUUGGUUUGCGAUGUCCAGAAACCUGAAGAAAUGUCUCCCGUCUCAUUUGACAAAAACGGCUCCAGCACGGUGCUCAAAGCCUCCUUCUCAGCAUUCCUGGUGUGCGGUAUCGAUCCUGGACACAUCCAGCAGCUGUGGAGCAUCCUGGCGCUGUACAGCAAUUCUCCUUUGAACCUGGAGCGGACCGUGCGGACGGCCGACGUGCCUUUUACUGGCUACCAGUACAAGCAGGUCCACAGCGAGAAAGACGAACUUUUCACCGACGUCGAGGCUGCCGUGCGAGCUGAGCCCGGCUGGCUGAUGCAGAGCAGAGUGUCCCUGCAGCUGGACAGGACAGCCACCACGCUCAGCACGCUGCACGUCCGCUACUCCACCCACGCCCGCAUCGGCGUGCCCGGCGGCGGCAGAAACCAGGAGAGACCGAACUGGGCCAUCAUCGCCAGGGACAACGGCACCCGAACGGAGCACACCGUGCUGGUCGGCGGCUCCGUGGAGCUGGGCUGCCGGGCCGCCGGGCGGCCGGCUCCUGCCGUGCAGUGGAUAUUGGCCGACGGCAGCAGGGUGCCGGCGCCGCACGUCAGCGAGGAUGGGAGGAUCCUGGUCCUGGAGAGCGGGGCGCUGACGCUGCGGGCAGCGGACGUGUUCGACACGGGGCUCUAUCGCUGCAUCGGCACCAACCGCCACGACGCCGACGCGCUCGCCUUCCGAAUUACCGUGGUGGAUCCUGGCGUGGAACGCGGCGCCGUGAACGGAGCCCGGCUGUCCGCUGCCCUCGGCAGCACCCUGCACCUUCCCUGCACGUCCACGGCCGCUCCGGACGCUGCCGUUACCUGGGUGUCACCCGAGCACGCAAUUCUCCCCCCGUCUGCAGGGAACAAACGUGUUUUCGCCAAUGGCACCUUGAGAAUACACGGGGUGACGGAGAGAGACGUGGGCUACUUCCGAUGUGUUGCGGCCAACCGGUACGGAGCUGAUCUUUUGGUGUUCCAGGUGCUGGUGAGACAGGAUGAAACUGCUCUGGAGAAAAAGCAUGGAGCUCUGGGAGAGUGGGAGGAGGGCUCUGGCAGUGAACUGCUGCCCCCUCCAGCACACUCUCAGCCUGCAGCCACUCCAGCCACCCUGAGAGCUCACGGUGAAUCUGCAGCCUCAGCAGCCAGCAGCCAGGGCACACAGAGCACACACCAGAGCAACAGCCACGGGAAAAUGCCUCACCGGCCCUACGGAGACAGAGCAGGCAGGCGGUUCAGGGGACACAGGAGACAGUUUGUUUCCUCAGGAAGGAGAGCUGAUCCACAGCGCUGGGCAGCCUUGCUGGAGAAAACAAAGAGGAACUUGACAGUGACAGACAAACGAGGAGAAGUUGCAACAGAACCACCUGUGCAAGUCCGUAAGCUCUCAGAAGUGCCUGAGGAUGAGGAGGAGACAUCUGGUGAUCUCAUAUCUCCAGAAGAAGAAUUCAUGAUACCAGUGACACACAGAUCCCCGGUACCUGCUCUGGGGAGAGCAACAGAACUCACGAUCACUGCAGGGCCCAAGGAGACCACGAAUCCCACCCCUGCCUGGAGCACCUCCCUCCUGCUCACAGAGCCAUUAACUCUCCCACACUCUGUGACACCUGCCAGCAAAAGGCUGCAAACUCUUCCAAAACCUACAGACUCAUGGCAAAGAUCUGACUUGAGUCAAAUAUCAGCAGAUGGUGUAAAACUAUCAACUGUACCGAGUGGAACAUCCACACUCUUCCCUGCUGGGCAAAAGUCAAUGUACUCUGGGGAAAGUAAUAACCAGCACCUAAAGCCUGCAUCCGUGACACCCACGGCAGAAGCUCCAGGCAGCAGCAAGGCUGUGACUCCCCAAAACACAGCAGACAAGUUACAUAUUUUUACCGAGCUUACUGAGAAUGUUUCCACCAAAACAGAUCACCAGGUCUCUGUGGUGACAGUCAAUGCACCAAGCUCUGAAUUUGGCCCCGUUUAUUUUCACAGUGCUCAGAAAGGAGGAACCCCUAAUCUACCACUGGCCUCGACUUUCACCACUCAUCAGCAAAAUCACAUUAUCCAGGACGUUCCAACCGAUCCACCCCAACUCCAGCAGCACUACGGAAGACGAAGGAAGAUUUCUGGUCGGAGACGAAUUGUUAGACCCGGACAUAUCCCAAGUAUGAAAGAGCACCGACACAAUUUUGGGAGGCCAGGGUCUGCCAGAGGAGGUAUAGCUGUGGCCACAGGUGUUCAACUGAAUGUGAACUAUGGAUCAAAUGGACCAACCUUAAAUAACUCCAGCAAUUCCAUCAAUCCAUUUAGCCCGGAAGCACCCCAGCCUUCCCCCUCCACCAUGAAUAUGCCACUGGAGCACCCCGUGGGUACCCAUCAAAACUCUGCAUUCCUCAGGGAAGAGGAAGAGAAACGCAGUGCAAGGCAAAAAGCCGCUCCCACAGUCACGCCUGUCACUGCAAAGGGCACUGCCACUGCUGCAGCCAGUGGAUUGGGUGUCAUGGGUUUGAAACCAACAGCUGCACUUGCUAAUGCCCCUCAAACCGACACCAGGGUCGCCAAAAGGAAAACACUCAGAGUGGGAGGAAGGAGAGGUCAGAGGAGGAAGAGGCCUCCUAAAACACCUGUCCCACAGCGUGCGGCUGCAGCCCACAGCUCUGCAGCCACCCCUGCAGCGAGCGCAGCCACCCCCACGGUGACAGCUCUCACACCCCCAGCCGUGCCUGCAAGCCUUGCACCCCCAAAACCCCUCCCUGGGAGCGUCAGUGCAGCGCCCAGGGCCAAAGCAGCAGUGCCGGGGACCCCUGACAGCCCCGAGGCUGCUCAGCACAGGCCCACGGCAGCGACCCCGGGCACCUGGAGGAGCACCCAGGCAGCAGCAGCGUCCCUGCCUGGCGGGGUGACUGCUCAGAGCGCCGCCGUGGCACCCCAAACCACGCCAGGCACACCGGGGAGCACCCAUCCUGCCACGUCACCAGCUGCUAGCCCUGCCCAGACCCCCACCAAGGGUCUGCAAACCUCCCCGUGGCCGGACGAGCCCCCCGGUGCCCGCCCUGCUGCAGUCAGAGCCGCCUCAGGGCCGGUGACUGCAGAACCCAGCGCAGCCACCGCCGCGGCAGGAGAAAAUCCCGACGUGAAACCGGGGCAGGGAACUGUCCGGGAAGGGCCGGCAGCACAGCCCACCCUGCCAGCCAGAGCCCUGCCGAGGGCUCCCGCUGCAGUCACUGCUCCCGGCCCCCGGAAUCCCCGCCCCGGGCCAGCCCGGACCACCCCGGGAGCCCCCGAACCCCCGGCGGGACACGGGCAGCUGCAGCCCAGGCCACGGCCCAGGGGCACAGGGAGGGGGAACACGCUGCAGCCGCCGCUAAGCGCAGCCCCGUGGGGAAGGGACAAGGACAGCCCUGUCCGUGCCUGGUCUGGACGGAGACAAGAUCAAGACACCACCACCGUCCCCGAUCCCAUCGCCUCGGCUUCUGCAAGCAGAAACCAUUUUUCAAAGCCCAGAAUAGCGGGAGGGAAACUGGCUGCUUUCACCGUGCUGGCGAAUUCUGAUGCUCUUAUUCCUUGUGAGGCUACUGGGAACCCGCCUCCAACAAUAGAGUGGACCAAGAUACCAUCAGGGAGCGAUGCCGCGGGGCCCGGCAGCGGCGGCAGGAGGUGGGCAGCGCUGCCCAACGGGACGCUGUCCAUCCCCCGGGCGGGGCUGCAGGACCGCGGGCAGUACCUGUGCACGGCGGCCAACCCGCACGGCGCGGCCCGGCUCCUGGUCACCCUGGCCGUGCUGGCCCGCCCGCCCCGCGUCUCGGGCGGCCGCUCGCUGACCGCGCACUCCGGGAGCAGCGCGUCCCUGCCGUGCCGAGCGCAGGGCAGCCCCGCUCCCCGCAUCUCCUGGCUCCUGGCCAACGGCACCCGCCUGUCGCACGGCUCCGCGGGCGGCGGCAGGGCCGGCGUGGAGCCGGACGGCACGCUGGUUAUCCGGGCAGUCUCCGUGUACGACAGGGGCCUCUACACGUGCCUCGCCGAGAACCCCGCGGGCACCGACACGCUGGCCGUGAAGCUGCAGGUGGUGGCGGCCCCUCCCACCGUCCUGGAGGAGAAGAGACAAAGCGUGGCAGGGACUGCGGGGGAAAGCCUGGAACUGCCUUGCACGGCGCAAGGGCAGCCUCGGCCCAGCGUGCACUGGGUGCUCCCCGACGGCAGGGCGGUGAAACCCCUGCAGCCGGUGCGCCCCGGGCUGCUCCUGCUCCCCGACGGCACCCUGCGCCUGGGCAGCGCGGCCCCGUCCGACAGCGGCACCUACGAGUGCAUCGCCACCAGCUCCACCGGCUCCGACAGGAGGGUGGUCAGCCUCGUGGUGCAGCGCAGGGACGCGCUGCCGAAAAUAGCCGUCGCCUCCCAGGAGCUGACCCGGCUGAAUUUUGGGGAGAGGCUGCUUCUGAACUGUACGGCGAGUGGGGAGCCCAAGCCCAGGAUAAUCUGGAGGUUGCCCUCCAAGGCUGUUGUGGACCAGUGGCACAGAAUGGGAAGCCGGAUCCACGUCUACCCCAAUGGGUCCUUGGCUAUUGAGGCAGUCACAGAAAAGGACGCAGGUGAUUACCUGUGCGUUGCCAGAAACAGAAUUGGGGAUGAUCUGGUACUGAUGAAAGUCAGCAUCACCAUGAAGCCCGCCAAGAUUGACCACAAACAGCAGUUCAAGAAACUGGUGCCGUAUGGGAAGGAUUUCAGAGUGGACUGCAAGGCCUCAGGGUCGCCCACACCAGAAAUCUCCUGGGGGCUGCCGGACGGGACGGUGGUGAACAACGCGAUGCUGGCGGACGACAGCGGGCGCAGGGCUCGCAGGUACGUGCUCUUCGACAACGGCACUCUGUACCUCAACAGAGCCGGAGUGGCAGAAGGAGGCGACUACACGUGCUACGCCCAAAACACUCUGGGGAGGGAUGAGAUGAAGGUCCACGUCACGGUCAUCGUGGCAGCCCCGCAGAUAAAGCACAAUUACCAGACACAUGUUACCGUGACAGCCGGAGACGCAGCCCUGCUGGACUGUGAAGCUGCUGGAGAACCCAGGGCACAGAUCUUCUGGCUGCUGCCUUCCAGCGAGAUGAUCUCCUCGUCCACAGAGCGGCACUCCCUGCAUGCCAACGGCUCGCUCUCCAUCGGCCACGCCAGCCUGCUGGAUGCCGGGGAGUACAUGUGCGUGGCUCGGAACCCCGGCGGGGACGACACCAAGCUGUAUAAGCUGGAUGUGGCCGCUAAGCCCCCCGUCAUAAACGGCUUGUACAGGAACAAAACCGUCAUGAAGGUGACGGCAGUGAGGCACUCGAAGAAGCACAUCGACUGCCGGGCAGAAGGGUCGCCUCCUCCUCAGAUUAUGUGGAUCAUGCCUGAUAACAUUUUCCUAACAGCCCCAUAUUACGGGAGCAGGAUCGUGGUGCACAAAAACGGGACGCUUGAGAUUCGGAACAUCAGGCCCUCAGACGCAGCGGAUUUUAUCUGUGUGGCACGUAACGACGGGGGAGAGUCCGUGCUGGUGGUGCAGCUGGAAGUCACGGAAAUGCUACGGAGACCGAUGUUCAAAAACCCUUUCAAUGAAAAAAUAAUAGCGAAACCUGGGAAAACCGUCACACUGAACUGUUCCGUGGAUGGAAACCCUCCCCCGGAGAUAAGCUGGAUGCUGCCCAACGGCACCUGGUUUCCCAGCAGCGUCAGGACAUCCCAGUUUUUGACAGGAAGCGACGGGACGCUGACCAUCCCUAACCCCGAGGGACGCCACGCCGGGCGCUACCGCUGCGCUGCCCGGAACCAGGUGGGCUAUAUAGAAAAGCUGGUGGUGCUGGAGGUGGCCCAGAAGCCCAGCAUCCUCACGCGCCCUGCAGGGCUGGUGAAGGGCGUCAGCGGGGAGCCUCUGUCGCUGCACUGCCUGGCCCAGGGCAGCCCCAAGCCCAGGGUGGCGUGGACGCUGCCGGGGGGCCGCGUGCUGGAGCGGCCGCAGGUCAGCGGGAGGCACCUGCUGCUGGAGAACGGCACCCUGCUCAUCCGGGCGGCCUCGGCCCAGGACGCCGGGAAUUACGUGUGCAGGGCCCACAACGACGCUGGGGACUCGUCCCUCAGCACCGCCGUCGUGGUCGCAGCCUACGCCCCUCGCAUCGUGGGCAGGCCCCCGCCAGCCAUCCACACCGUGCCAGGGGCGCCGGUUCAGCUCCACUGCGUCGUGCUGGGCAUCCCCAAACCAGAAAUUUCCUGGGAGUUACCCGACCGCUCCGUGCUCUCCACAGCUCACCAGGGCCGGGGCUCUGGGGGCGAGCUGCUCCACGCCACGGGGACUCUGCUCCUGCAGAACCCCCGAGCCUCCAGCUCCGGCGCCUACAAGUGCACGGCGAGGAACCCCCUGGGCACGGACACCGCGGUCACCUACGUCCACGUCAUCUGA